AUGUACUAUCUUGGUGUGGGUGAACCCAUCAAGGUGUGUUCUACGGCGAUAUCACUGACACGCACAGGUAUUCCCCGGAUCAUCCCAUCGUUUCACCGUAAGGCGAUUCGUAAAGGUGAUCAUAAGGUCAUACGACUCUACAUGUCACUCUUCUCCCUGUCGAAGAUUAUUCUUCAGGCGAAGAAAUUGUCUGUGGAUGUUAUUGAUCCUAUCGUAACUCCUGAGCGUAACAGAAAGAAGUACUCUGAUACAAUCGGAGAAAUUCUUAAGUUGAUGCCUAGGGUUAUGCGUCGGUAUGUCCCGUUCAUGGAAAAGGUCCCUUUGCACUUGGGAUUGAAGUACAUGCCGUCGUGGUCUUGCAGAGCCAUAAAUCGCUUGCCAAAAGGAAUGAGUCGCUCAUCUUUUGCAGCUUUGUGGUUGGAAGCCAGUACUUAUACUGUUCAACAGUGGAGGUCUGGUUGGAGAGUCGGUAACGAUGCGUCAUCUAUUCCUCGUUUAGUAGAUGAGUACGUACUUUAUCCAAUUGCUGGAUGUUUAAGAGAUCGAACAAAAGAGGAAGCUGAUAUUCUCAGCGCAACUCUGGCGUGGUAUCAAAUAGAUAUUCCUAGUUUAAACGGAUUGAUGAAAGAUAUCAGAGGGGUUAGAAACCCCGAUGGGUCUUAUACGACUCUUGGCCGUAUUAGCCAGGUCUGUGUCGGUGACGGGAAGAGGAGGGUCUUUGCCAUAGGAAACUAUAUCUAUCAAAGGCUCUUACACCCAUUUCAUAAUUGGCUGAUGGAAAUCCUUCGUUCUAUCCCUAUGGAUGGGACGUUUGAUCAAUCCACGCCUCUCAUGAGACUUCGGAAUGUAAGUGGAGCCUUCUUUGAAGUUGAUCUGAAGAAUGCCACUGACCGUUGGCCAGUUUCGUUAUUAUUCGAGAUGGUUAAGCGGUUAUUUGGUAAUGAGUUUGUUGCUACAGCGGUUCUCGAAUCGCUGCAGUAUCAUAACUUUGAAGUUCCUUGGCUUCAUAGUCGUAAGGAGCCAGUGGCUUUCGAAGUGGGACAACCCUUGGGAUUGUACUCUUCUUGGCCUCUAUUCACGCUAUCGCAUCAUUUGGUAGUGUGGGUAGCAGCAGAGUUGUGUUAUCCGGGUAGAGUAUUUCGCAAGUACGCCCUUCUUGGUGAUGACAUAGUCAUCGCUGAUGAAGGUGUGCACUCGGAGUACAGAAGGCUGAUUAGCGGCCUUGGUGUUGACGUCUCUGUUGGAAAGACUCUCGAGUCUAAACUCGGAGCGUGUGAGUUCGCGAAACAAUUCUGGAGGUACGGGUUCUCGAUUCGACCAAUUCCUAGAAGGGUCUUCUUCGAUAAUCCUUCAAGCCUUCGCGAUGGCGAUUCCUUCUACAAGGGCCCUAUUAAUAUAAAGGACUACAACUCCCAGAAGAGGGGCCUAACUCACCAACUCGUUAACUCACCGAAUCCCCAAUCCACCAACUUCUCAAGGGAGAUGCCGGGGGGGGGAUACAAGGGAUCAAGAAAAAGGGUUUACGCAGUAAGUAAAAGAUCGGCUGUCGGUGCAAGUGUUAGCUUGUGGAAAGGUAGGCAGCAAGGUAUUGGAAGACUGUUGAACACCUCGGUUUCUGAUAAUGUUGUAAGUGAAGUGGAUCGAGUAGGCAGACCAGCAAGACAAGGGCUCGUACCUCGGGUUAACAUGCUGCUCUUGACGAUCUUAGCCCUCGUUGUUAGAGUUGUUGUCCGUAGAAGUCCAAAGAAGCGGGAGAAUAACUGGUCAUGUCGUACCCUUGUUAGAAGACGAAAGAAAGCUGAUGAAGUGAGAAAGAAGGAAAUCAAGCAAGAAAGAUUGGGUAGGUGUUCCGCGAGAGACAGCCAAGGUCAAGAUAAGGUUGUUCUGAGCCCCAUCGAUCGAAACGCCUCCCCUCGCCUUGAUAAGUUGGUAAUCUCGGUAAGAUCCGAAGUGCCUUGGUUCCUUGGUUCUAAGAACGACUAG